UGUUCAAAACGUAUGGCAACGAACGUACAGGAUGGCCUUGCAUCCCGUCAGUCUGCAAGCUACGGCGUUAAGAUUAACAGCCUAACGAUGGCGCUUAAAAGGAUUGCAAAAGACCAAGACGAACUACAAAGUCACCCGCUCGAGAAUCUGUGGGCAUGUCCGAACGAGGACAAAGACGACCCUUACAUCUGGCAGGUGACGAUGCUGGGCCCGCCGGAAACGCCUUACGAAGGAGGGAUUUUCUUCCUCGAUAUGUAUUUUAGUGAAGAUUAUCCUUGGAUGAAACCAAAGGUGCAGUUCAGCACGGCAGUUUAUCACCCUAACGUAAAUAGCAGGGGUGAGGUGUGUCUUGACCUUUUGACGAAUAACUGGAGGCCUGAUUUUACGAUUUCUUCUGUGCUCCUAGGCCUUUACUCACUAAUGGCGGACCCGAGCCCCGAGGAUUUCUUGAACCUGGAAAUCGCAAAUGAGUUUAGAGACGAUAGAGAGAAAUUUAACGAAACAGCCAGAGAUUGGACGAAAAAAUGGGCAGUUUAACACUUUUUUUUAUUCGGAACACCUAAUCGUAUAUAUUACUAUCGUUAAUUCAGAAAUGAUUUAACGUUCGCUAUUUAGGGAAGCCAUUUUUUUGUUUUAGGUGUAUAUACAAUUAUUAUUUAUGUAUUUUAUAUUUUUGUUGUAUAUAAUAGAAGCUGCUUAACGAGCCAGUCUGUAGAAACCUGUAUAAUCAAGCUUUCUUUGCUGUGAUUUUACCGAUGGGAAUAAUAGGUAGCCUAUAUUUUCUCUCUUUUGAAACGAUGAAAUGUGGUGUGAUCUGAUAUUCUUAAUAAAUAUGUUGCGUCUUCAAUAAUGUUUUA